AUGGGUGGUAACCGGCUGCUGGUGCGGUGGGAGCGGCACGCUUCGGGCGUGCUGGCGAACCUGCGGCGCCUGCUGGCCGCCGAGGCGUUCGUCGACGUCACCCUCUGCUGCCAGGGCCGCCGCCUGCGCGCGCACCGCGUGCUGCUCUCUGCUUGCAGCCCCUACCUGCAGCGCAUACUGCUAGAGCACCCAUGUGGCGCGGGCGAGUCGGUGACGGUGAUCCUGCACGACGUCAGCCAUGAGGAUAUGCGCCGCCUGCUGGACCUCAUGUACACCGGAAGCACCGAAGUUCCGGGCCACGACCUGUCGCGCUUUCUGUGUACCGCUAAGGCGCUCGACGUCAGUCUGCUACGAUCAGCUUCACUACAGAUUUGUGAAGUCGCCACCUCACCUGCAGAACCCGACAGAGAACCCACUCCCGCCACCACACCCGCAGUUCCGCCGUCACUACCGAAAACGACGUCAGGCUCUGUAAUGGCGUCUCCGAAGGAGUCCUCCCUGGCACACAGCCAGUGGCCACUGAUGGCCCCACAACUUCGUGGCACUGACCAUGCGGUCCACUGGCCGAUGCUGCCGCUGGCGUGUCGGAGCCCUCUGAUGCCACCGUCCCCGCCGCCCACAAUGGCCCAAAGCUCCAUCCAGGCUGCUGGCGAGCUGGCGUUGCGGGAGCAGCUGUUGCGAGAGCGCCAUGUCUGCACCCCGCCGCCCAAUAUUACCUUCGUCAGCAGCAAGUCGCCGGGGACCGCGAGCAUGAGCCGACAUGUCCAACCAAAGCAGGUGUGCUCCUUCAUCCGAACUUCACACUUUCACUAUCAAUGCUAA